ACCCAGCCAUAGUAUCUGGUUUUGGGAUUGGAUUGUGAGUUGUCAAGGAAAAGAGAACAACUUUUUUAGGUGAUUUGUUUCCUAUAAUAGUGGGUCCUUUGAACUAGACAAUCGAAACUCACUGAAUUGGUUGGGAAGAAGGUAGGAGAAGUGAUGUCUCUAGGUAAAGAUAUAGAAUUCUUGGGUGGAUUCUCCACUGCCCUGAACCAAUUCACUCACUCUGUAGAUAAUGAAUGGACAGAGCCCAAAAUUGGGAGAUAAAAGAUUUUGACUUUUGAAUUGUUUGGGGGUAAAAGAGGCCUGAUAGAUUACACAUAAUUGACGUGUUUAAAAGACUGCAAGGGAGUUAGGGUAGGUAAUUGGAAGGGUGGAUUGUUUACAAUUGAUGAUGAAUGAGAGAGAAUAUGUUGUGUGUUAAAUAGCCAUUAAUUCUAUUCAAGGCGAGAGAGAGAGAGAGGUAGAGAGAGAGAGAAGUGACAAAAGUUGUACUAGCAAUGAUUCAAAGCACUCAAUCCACAACCCAAGUUGAAACUGGCAUAUUAAAAUGAUUAAAAAAACCAUGAGCUAGCAUAUUAGAAAUACUCUCUUCCCUCCCCCCUCUCUGCUAGGGUUUUCGAGCGCCGUUUUUCAAUUUCCAAUCCGAGGAUGUGGUUUCACCGGCAAUUUUCACCUACAGAGUGGUUCGACAGUGAUUCUUCCUCCUCACCCUUAUGUUACAGCGAUCUACCGAUUCCAUAGUUUCAGAGGGAAUGGGAGGUUACAUGAGAGAAGUUGAACCGAGUUUCAACUUGCUCCUCGCUCUGUCGAGGUCCUCUAUUCUUCAGAGUUUGGAGAUCUCUCCAAGAUGGUGUUGUUUGUCUGAGAUGGUUUACCUCUCUUUUCAAGUCUGCUGUUCUUGUCGGUUGUCUGGCCGCAGGCGCAUCUGUGAGAGGAGGCUGGUUAAAUUGGGGUUUUUGCGCUAUAGAGGACUCGAUACCCUCUUUAUGUGGCUUUUUCCUUUUGAUCCGGGCCGCUUCACUGCUAGUUCUGUGUUUCAAUUAGUUGCCAUGGCCUAUGGUGUGUGGUUGGGUGGUGACGGAACUGGGCAACAUCGAGCCAGGCAUAUUGUCAAAUUGUAUUAACAGUUGUUGGGCGAUUGUGAGCAGCUGGUUGUUGGUUUGAGGGCUUCAACAGUUAGCUAUGUUUUUGACGCAUACCAACAUCUGUUUCAUUCUGAUCCGGGGAUUGUAGGCUUUGAAUAUCGUCAGUGGCCGGAUGUGUUUGCUGUUGAUGUGGGCUUUUCCGAUGUAGGGGGCUCGCCGACAAAUUUUCAGUUAUCUUCAAGUCGGAUUCUGGCGUUCCGAUGUCCUCCUCGACCUUUGUGCUGUUAUGUGUCGUGUCAUGGUACGGCGUCCAAGUCAACUUUUGGGUCAGGCUUCCGUGGUGUAGCAGUUACGCAAACAUAGAGGUGUAAGCUUCUAGAACUAGAUGUUAUAGUUAUGCGGAUGGGGCUGCCAACUGGGCUUGCUUAUAGAGGGGUUCCAUGUUUUAGCCCAAAUUUGCUGCUUCAUAAUCAGAGUUGGCCCGACGUUGCCUGGCGUAAUGGAUAUGCUUCUGUUUCUGACCCAUUGGGCUGCGAUCUGAAUCUUUCGGAAAGUCCCCAAAUCCUUUCACUCCUUUGUUUUUCAGAUAGCUUGUUGGUGCUAGUAGUCCUAUCAAUACUGACACCAUAGGUUGUUGUCGAGACUAUGAUCUUAACAUGGAUGUUAGUUUUGUUAUUGCUA